UCAGCCGUGUCCGCCCACGACAACCUCAGGUACUUCACUGCCAAAGACAGCCACACCAUGAAGUAUACGAUUGUGCUCCUCGUCUUCACUACUCUCAUCGCCGUUGCCCUGACUGGCUACGCGUAUGGUGGCUAUGGAGGAUACGGACUUGGCGGCUACGGUGGCUACGGCGGCUAUGGAGGAUACGGCGGCUAUGGUGGUUAUGGUGGCUACGGAGGUUACGGCCGCGGAUAUGGCGGAUAUGGAGGCUAUGGCGGAUAUGGAGGUUAUGGCGGAUAUGGUGGUUAUGGAGGCUAUGGAGGCUACGGAAAAUAUGGAGGCUUCUAUGGUUGAGGACUUCUGGAGUCCGCUUGAAUAAAGGCACGUUACGUGUGCAA